AUUUUGGUAAGGCAGGUUGAAGGUGAGCUGCGUCGGUAUCUGGUAAUUUGCUUCUCGCAUAUUGUAGGGCAAUCCUCCGCAUAUGAGAGCUAGCGAAUGGACAAUAUUUCGUGGAAGUCCCAACAUAGCAGAGGCAUUCCUUAUCUACUCAGCCCAAAGUCCAAUAAAUGGGACAUCUCUCGUGUAUGAUUUCAUGUCCGCUACAAUAGUAUUAUUUAUCUUGCUCGUUGUACAGCCAUUUUCAUACAUUCCAUUUCUGCUAAGCCUUAGAUGCCAUUGCCUUCAACAUCUUUGGGUUGGCAAUCCUAUCAGCCAAUAUUCAGGCAUGAACAUCAAGCUGUCGUUUCAGCUGAAGCCAUUGGCAUGCUCCGAAUCAUCUCAUGUGAUGACGGUCCAGCCCUUUCCUUGGUUCAUUGCAAAGAACCUGUCCUCCAGAUCGUCAAAUGAGCCCGUCCAUCCUUAUACUGGAGAGAUGGUAAGGAUAUAUUGAGCGAAAAUUCAUGGCGUGGGCCCGUGUGAAUCUCGAUAUGGUCAAUGGGGAGGUUGGAGCGUUCCUUAUACUCUCUUCAAGCAUUCUC